AUGGAAGUUGCAGCAAUUGCCCAAUCCCAUCUCUUACUCUUUUAAAUAAACCCUCUCUGUACAUACUUCGUUUCCUCCGCCCGAGGGAGAGGCUCCAAAAUAAUGCAGAUGGGUGAGAAUGCUGCCACAAAAAACCACCACCACCACCACCAAGUCUUUGAUAUCUCCAUAGAUGUGCUUCCUCAUCAAAACACCUCCAAAUGCUUCGAUGACGAUGGCCGCCUCAAGCGAACCGGAACUGUUUGGACUGCAAGUGCCCACAUAAUAACAGCCGUGAUUGGUUCUGGAGUCCUUUCGUUAGCAUGGGCUAUAGCUCAGCUUGGAUGGAUUGCUGGUCCAGCAGUCAUGUUCUUGUUCUCCUUUGUAAUUUACUACACUUCAUCACUUCUAGCUGACUGCUACCGCUCUGGCGACCGUGUCUCCGGCAAGAGAAACUAUACUUAUAUGGAUGCAGUUCGAUCCAAUCUCGGUGGAGUUAAGUUCAAGGUAUGUGGACUGAUUCAGUACUUGAAUAUUUUUGGUGUCGCCAUUGGAUACACUAUUGCAGCUUCUAUUAGCAUGAUGGCGGUGAAAAGGUCUAAUUGUUUCCAUGAGAGCGGGGGGAAGAACCCGUGUCACAUAUCAAGCUACCCUUAUAUGAUCAUGUUUGGUAUAGCGGAAAUUGCAUUUUCUCAAAUCCCGGACUUUGAUCAAAUAUGGUGGCUCUCAAUUGUGGCCGCGGUCAUGUCCUUUACUUACUCUUCAAUAGGUCUUGCACUUGGAGUUGCCAAAGUUGUAGCUGCUGGAGGUUUCAAGGGUAGUCUCACUGGAAUAAGCAUUGGAACUGUAACUCAAACCCAAAAGAUUUGGAGGAGCUUCCAAGCUUUAGGCGACAUAGCUUUUGCAUACUCAUAUUCCAUCAUCCUCAUCGAAAUUCAGGACACCCUCAAGUCCCCACCAUCAGAAUCAAAGACAAUGAAGAAGGCCACCUUAGUAAGUAUUGCGGUCACAACAGCUUUCUACAUGCUUUGUGGGUGCAUGGGGUAUGCAGCUUUUGGGGACCUUGCACCUGGAAACCUUCUAACCGGAUUUGGCUUCUACAACCCCUAUUGGCUCCUGGAUAUUGCAAAUGUUGCCAUAGUAGUCCACCUUGUUGGAGCAUAUCAAGUCUACUGCCAGCCACUUUUCGCCUUCACUGAGAAAUGGGCAGCCCAAAAAUGGCCCCACAGCGACUUCAUCACCAAGGAAAUCAAAAUCCCAAUCCCGGGUUGUAGCCCUUUUAGCCUAAACCUCUUCAGAUUAGUGUGGCGAUCGGCUUUUGUGGUUGUAACCACUGUCAUAUCCAUGCUCCUCCCUUUCUUCAACGACGUGGUGGGAAUCCUAGGGGCAUUCGGCUUUUGGCCUCUAACAGUCUAUUUCCCGGUUGAGAUGUAUAUUGUACAGAAGAAGAUACCCAAGUGGAGUACCAGAUGGAUUUGCCUCCAGAUGCUGAGUGUUGCUUGUCUAAUCAUUUCAAUUGCUGCUGCUGCUGGCUCCAUUGCUGGUGUAGUGCUUGAUCUCAAGGUUUACCACCCAUUCAAAACCAGCUACUAAUUAAUAAAAAAUCAGCCCAUGUCUUUUCAUUGAUAGAUUAACAAAAACAAAUGAGAGAAAAGGCGAAAUGUUUAUAUUUCAGUUCAACGUCCAUGACAAACCCCUACAAUGGGUUGGGUGGUGUUGGGUGUGGUUUCUUUGUAGUCUUUUAUGUUCCCUCCACUUUUUUUUACUUCACCAGUCGCCUGUUUAAUGUGUCAACGAGAGGCUGGACUCUGUAUGUAAUUAGGCAUGUGGAAUUCAAAGCAUGAGCCUCCAGCUCUUCUCACCUCUCAGUUCUACUCUAAAGGGAAAUCUUAGUCCCUUUGUGUAAUAAGCAUAUUAUUAGUUUCUGCUAAAUUUGUUCCAAAAUCUCAAUGAAUUGUGGGUGUUGAAACCUAAUUCAAUAUGA